GAGUCUCUCACGCGGAUGACGUACUCUACGUAAUUGAUACUCUCUUUUUAAAUUCAACAACAAGACAAGAGGAUCGUAAUAUGCAGAAACACUUAAUCGACUUUUGGGUAUCGUUUGCUACAGAGGGAAUUCCAAAAGUAACUAAUGUCGAAUGGCCAAAAAUAGAUCCUUCAAAGAAAGAACUUCAUUAUUUACAUAUAGCUGCUACCGAUAAUAUUAAUAUGGACAACAAUGUUAAUUUUGGAGAAAAAGAGUUAUGGAGUUCGAUUAAUUUCAAUGAGAAUGUAUUGAA